AGACAAAAGUCCUCCACAUUCCAUCUCUCUGUCGAGACCAAUAUCUCCUCAGCUCUUGGUGGCUCAACUUUUCUCAUUCAGACAUUCACACUAUCACUUUAAUUAAUAGCCGCCAUUUUCGUUUCUUUUUUUCUCACGAACUCCAAAAAAAAAAACACGCACUUCAUUGUCGAGAACUCCGAGUUGCGACAAUGGCGGAAUCAAUCAGGUCUUUCCAUCAUUGAAAAUUGAAAUGAUUAGGAAGAUUUCCAAAUUAAGGGAUGAUUUGUGCACCUUGAUUCUAUAUUCUCUGCAAUGCAAUUAGCAUCGAAUGGCAGUCAUGGAGAAGAUAAUUCGGAAACAGAGCCCAUCUUGUCACAGUCCCAGAUAGUUGAAGAAUCUACAGAAGCUACUCUUUUUGAAAUUAGAACUGUUGAUGGGGAUACUAGGACAGUGACAGAUGUUGAUGCUGACGAAAGCUGCAGCUUAGUGAACUCAGAACAAGCCCAAUGCCGGAUAUGCCUUGACAAUGAAGGAGAAGAUUUAAUCGCUCCUUGUCAUUGCAAAGGCACUCAAAAGUAUGUCCACAGAUCAUGUCUUGACAAUUGGAGGUCCACAAAGGAAGGCUUUGCUUUUGCUCAUUGUACAGAAUGCCGGGCAAGGUUCUUAUUGCGAGCAAAUGUUCCAUCUGAUCGCUGGUGGUUGAGAAUGAAAUUUCAGUUCCUUGUUGCCAGAGACCACGCAUUCAUAUUCAUUGUUGUUCAGCUGAUUGUGGCCAUGUUAGGUGUGCUGGUAUACAAAUUUUAUGGUGAAGAGCUACGUGAAAUGUUCGGUUAUCAAGAACACCCAUAUGGAUUUUAUAUAAUGGCUGUUUUGGCAAUUAUACUCGUUGGCUUGCUCUAUGGUUUCUUCAUAGCGAUUAUAUGUGGACAGAGGAUCAAUGAGCGCCACUAUCACGUUCUUGCAAAGCAAGAACUGACUAAGGAGUACAUAGUGGAAGACCAUGAGAGUAAAGACGUUCCUGAACUUGAUCCUAGCCACAUAUCAGAGCUGAGGAUGUUGGGCCUUUACUGAAAUUCACAUAUAGGCUUCCCGUGGCAUUUUAGCAGGCAGCUCUGCAGUCUGUAAAAUGAUAGCUUCUCUGCAAUCUGGGUCAUCCCUCACUUCAAAAUCUAUUUCAGGUCUGGACUCAGGCCUUGGCUGUCUAUGUAAUAUCCGAGACAUGAUAUUGGACCCGGCGUGUUCAAUUGUUGUGUAGCAUAUAUAGAGGUGCAUAUAUACUCAAAUACAUCCCUUUUUUUAUGUGAUAAUUACAAGUUGUAAAACUCUAAAUUAUUGUAAAGUUUAUAGGCAUUCAGGUUCCAUUAGGUUUUGGUCUUCGUCAAUCAUCGUUA